GUACAACGUCCGCGACGCAUCGAGCUCUCGGGCCGCUGGUACGGUACGGAAACCGGGCAGGCCGUCCCGACGAGAACCAUGGAUCCGUCCACUUGUAUCGAGGGGAGGGCCGCCGCCGUGCGUCUUGGGAUUCCGAUCCGCGGAGGCGUUUGAGCGCGAGAGCGGUCUGGUCCUACCGGUCCAGCCCAGCUCAGCUGAGCUCAGCUCGGGAACGAUUUUGCGCUACUCUUACAACUGUCAGUUGGUCCGAUUUGAAAGUAUAUGUUGGGAGAGAUAUCUGGGUGCUGAUGUUCGAAUCGCGUGUGACGGAUCGAUCGGGCCUGUGUUGCAGCAGGAGCAGGAGCAGCAGCAAGUGUAGGCAGGGCUGGGGAGUUUCGGCAUUUGGUAGCUGAUCGAUUCUCGGUGGAAGCGGUGGAGUGCUGUGGACCGGUGCGAUGGCGGUGCUCGCGGGAGUCGGUCACGGAGCUCUCUUGAGUUCUGCUGCUGCCGCUCUUCCUCCUCUUGGGUCCGGAUCCCCGAGGCCGACGGUUUCUUCAGCCGCUUUCGGCAAGUCGGCUCCAUGGGUACUGAAGUUAAGCAUGCCGAAGAGACGUGUCCUGCCUCCUGCAAAGGUUUUGAGGAUUGUCAUGACUUCUACUUUACCUUCCGGAGCCAAAAGUGCAUCGUUCAAGGAAUUAUCCAUAGAAGCGCCUCCGAAAGUUGCGCAUGCACAAAAGCUUCACUCUCUGUCUCCUGAAAAACUAGAGAUAUUGAAGUCGUUGGAUGCAUGGGCGGAGGAUAAUUUAUUGCCGUAUUUGAAACCUGUGGAAAAAUGCUGGCAGCCUCAGGAUCACCUCCCGGAUCCUUCUUUGGAAUCAUUCUAUGACGAAGUAAAAGAGUUACGAGCGCGAGCUUCUGAAUUACCCGACGACUAUCUCGUCGUGUUGGUGGGGGACAUGAUUACUGAAGAAGCUUUGCCCACUUACCAAACCAUGCUGAAUACUCUCGAUGGAACGAAAGAUGAAACUGGUGCCAGUCCCACGCCCUGGGGCACAUGGACUCGCGCCUGGACCGCUGAGGAGAACAGACAUGGAGACCUUCUGAAUAAGUACCUCUACCUGUCGGGCCGGGUGGAUAUGAAAUCUAUUGAGAAGACCAUUCAGUAUCUUAUUGGCUCAGGCAUGGAUCCUCAGACUGAGAACAAUCCAUAUUUGGGAUUUGUGUAUACAUCGUUUCAAGAGCGAGCAACCUUCAUCUCACACGGAAAUACAGCGCGUCAUGCGAAAUCAUACGGUGACACCAAGCUCGCUCAGAUAUGUGGACUCAUUGCAUCAGAUGAAAGGCGACAUGAACAUGCAUAUUGUACAAUCGUGGAGAAACUUUUUGAGGUGGAUCCUGAUGGGGCAAUGCUGGCUUUCAGUGACAUGAUGAGGAAGAAAAUUGCCAUGCCUGCCCAUCUAAUGUACGACGGAAAGGAUCGAAACCUGUUCAACAGAUUUUCUUUGGUUGCGCAGAGAACUGGCACGUACACCUUUAGAGACUAUGCUGAUAUUUUGGAACAUCUGGUCGCAAGGUGGAACGUGUCUAGGAUGGAAGGUCUCUCUGCCGAAGGUCGAAAAGCUCAAGAUUAUCUGUGCAAUCUGGCUCCUCGCUUUAGGAAGUUGGAACAAAGAACGCAAGCCAGUCUGAAGAAAGGGACUUCGACUAUUGGAGGAUUCGAUUGGAUAUUUGGCAGAGAGGUUCGGCUCUGGUAGUACGAGCUCCAAUGUCAGUUGUAUGACGUGAAGUUUCAGUAUUCGGAGGUGUUCAAGGUUUCAAGGGGUCGUAUGCAUCAUAUAAUUUCCUAUAUGGAGUAUGUUGGAAAUACAGAAAAGGAUUUCGAUCCUACGUCAGUGUUUUCCCUGUACCAGCUCUUGUGAGAUGCCAAUUUUCAGACAUUAUUAAGUGAUCGAGUUCAUUGUACUUCAGAUAUCCACUGGAACCCGGGUGGACUAUGACGAACUGUAAAAUAUUGGCCACACAACCAUAUAUGUCAGCAAGUGAACGAGCAAUCUGCUCUGUUCAAAAGCGGCAACGUAAUGGUUUAGCUAGACAUUGUUUAUAUUGCAGACACUGCUCCUGCCGUGGGUUUAGAUGAUUGUGAUACUUGUACAUUGUGUUCCAUAUCCGUAUCAAAGAACUCAAUCAUUUAUCAUCUUGAAUC